UCAAGAUGAAACAUCUUUGGCCGUUGGUGGUGUGGAUACUUCUGUUCCUGUAUCCAGUAAGUAGAACCAAUGAUUUAGGUUUCAUUGAAAGUAUUUUUAAUCUAGAGAUCAUCGUUAGGGGAAUUUUAAUGAGUUACUUUCUUAUCUAAUGGUUACACAUACAACUGAUUACACGUUUAAUACGUUUCACGUAUCGACGGCGCAUGAAAGAGAUGUUGUAGAUGAAGAUUUUUCAAGCGUAAAACAGAGCUUUUGUAUUUGCAGUAAAACCGUGUUUAUUCGAAUCUUUCGAGUGGAGAAGCACACAUAACUGAAAUUUUCAUAGUGCAAGUCCCCGUGAUGCUCAUAAUUUUUACCCACGAUUUAUUCUUGAAACGGAAGCUUAGUUGUUGAUGAAGUUUUACUAUUUUCAUAUACUUUUACGAUGCUUAUUUAUAUUUAAUUGUCUGUUUAAAUCUUAUUAUUAUAUUCUAUUAUUUAUUUGAUCAUCUGUUAGAAAUGCAGAUUAAACAUUAUUAGAAAUUCUCACAGAGUAUGUGAAAUGUGUUAACGAGUGUAAUUAAGAAUUAAAAGAAAAAAUAAGGAAGCAUCAACUUCGACACACAACAACAAAAUUAAUAGAAAAUCCAAUACAUAAGUACAAUUGAAAAAGGAAUUCUAGAUAUUCAUCGCAUCUGUAAUGUUUUCUAGGCUGAAUCUCUCAAAGGACUCGGCCAUGGAUUAAGGAGAGAAGUGUUCUUCCUGAACCUCGAAGAUGGCUAUUUUGGCUGUCAAGUAAACGAAUCGACGGACAUCCUACAACUCCUCGAAUUAUCCAAACUUUGCGACAAUAAUGUCGAUUGUUAUCAAGGAACGGACGAGCAACGCGAUAGAUUAAAAUGCACAGACGAUUGUACCAAGGAGGAUGGGACCAGAUGUCUGAACGGCGUCUGCUUGCAUUCCGUGUGCCAUUGCAACGAUGGUUUCGGUGGUUGCAAUUGUCAGGUUCCAGACGAGAACGAGUGCAAGUACCGACCCUGUGAUAUAUUCGCGCAUUGUACGAAUACUCUCGGUAGCUUCCAAUGUUCCUGUUUUCCUGGCUAUCAAGGCGACGGUUUCCAUUGCGAAGACAUCAAUGAGUGUGAUAAUCCGGUAUUUGCUGCGAGAUGCGUCGAGAACGCCGAGUGUUGCAAUCUACCGUCGCACUUCCUAUGCAAAUGCAAAUCUGGCUACAUCGGCGACGGCGAGGUGCAUUGCGAGGAUGUGAACGAGUGCGCGAUACCUGGAGCCUGUGCUGAUAAUACUGUCUGCAAUAAUAUACCGGGAAACUAUACUUGCGCCUGUCAAGCUGGGUACACGGGAGACCCGUACGAAACUUGUAUCGAUAUCAACGAAUGCAAUUACGCGGGUGCUUGCGGAAGGGGUGCAUUGUGCGUGAAUCUUCCGGGAGCCCACAAAUGCGAGUGUCCUGAGGGUCAUAACGGCGAUCCUGAAGAAGAAUGUGUGGACAUCGACGAGUGCCUGCGCAGUCCUUGUGGUCGUUCAGCUCAGUGCACAAAUGUACAUGGCAGUUUCCGCUGUUCUUGCCCGGAAGGAAUGAGUGGCGAUCCUUGGGUAGGCUGUCACGAUAUAAACGAGUGUGAGGAAAGUACACCAUGCGGAACGGAUGCUGAAUGCGUGAACACAGAGGGUAGUUUCGAGUGCAGAUGCCAAGCAGGCUAUCAAAUGGAUCCAACGCACGGUUGCAUCGAUGUGAACGAGUGCAGCCGGCCGGAUGCAUGCGCGGAGAACGCAAGAUGCAUCAACGUGCCGGGAUCGUAUAAGUGCAUCUGUCCCCAGGGCUUCAGUGGUCGAGGACUAACAUUAUGCGAAAACGUGAACGAAUGCGAGAGAAAUCCUUGCGGUGAAAAUGCUGAAUGCACAGACACGAUCGGCAGCUUCGUAUGCAGUUGCAAGGCAGACUAUACUGGGGAUCCGUUUAAGGGAUGCAGCGACAUCGAUGAGUGUACAGCGUUGGAAAAUCCUUGUGGAAGAUACGCGAUUUGUAAGAACUCGGAUCCUGGUUACAAUUGUGUUUGUCCACCGGGAUAUAGUGCCAAUCCUAAUCCGACAGUUGCUUGUGAACAGACCGACGUGACAACACUUUGCAAAUCGAACUUCGAUUGCGUGAACAACGCCGAAUGCAUCGAAGGACAAUGUUUCUGCAAGGAUGGUUUCAAAGCUGCUGGAGCUGAAUGCGUCGAUAUUGACGAGUGUCUUUCGAACCCUUGUGGACCCGCAUCGAUCUGCAGUAACACCAGGGGAAGUUAUCACUGCGAAUGCGAAUCUGGCUUCGUUGGAACUCCUCCACACAUACCCUGCAAAGCACCAUGUGACGAAGUAACUUGUGGAGAUCAUGCGUACUGUAAGGCAGAUGGCCACGAAGCUUACUGUAUUUGCGAAGAUGGCUGGACCUUCAAUCCGAACGAUAUUGCAGCUGGCUGUGUUGAUAUAAACGAAUGUGACACGAUAAACGGUCCUUCGGGACGUUGCGGUAAAAAUGCAGUUUGUACCAAUACUCUGGGUGGAUUUAGUUGCCAAUGCAAAUCUGGAUUUUCUGGGAACGCUUUUAAACAAUGCAUGGAUGUAGACGAAUGUAGUAGAUCAGAUGCCUGCGGUCACGGCGCUACAUGCACCAACACCGAAGGUUCUUAUUCUUGUACCUGUCCAGAAGGAACUAUUCCAGAUCCUGAUCCCUAUAUCAAGUGUGUCGGUAUAGUUACUUGCGAAGUGGAUGGUGAUUGUCCUGGAAACGCGAUUUGUGAUCCACAGAAACGUUGUCUGUGCCCUGAACCCAACGUCGGUAAUGACUGCAGACAUCCAUGCGAAGACUUAUCUUGCGGACCAAACGCCCACUGCAUGCUGUCAAACGACGUGGCAACUUGUCUCUGUCGCAGUGGUUAUACAGGAAAGCCAGGAGUGAAGGGUGGUUGCAGAGACAUUGACGAAUGCGCCAUUAAUCCGUGUCCUCAAGGAGCGAUCUGCAACAACGAACCAGGAUCCUUUUCCUGUCAGUGUCCUAGUGGUACCACAGGUGAUCCUUAUAGCGGUGGUUGUCAAGAAUCAAAGGCUCCUCACGUGUGUGGACCAAGUACUCCGUGUCCUGCUGGAGAACAGUGUAUCAAAGAUGAAUUCGUGGGUAGCAGCGUUUGCAUUUGUCAGAGGGGAUAUACUAGAGAUCAUGAGACUGGUAAAUGUAGAGACAUCAAUGAAUGUAUGGAACUCAGAGACAAACCUGCUUGCGGUGUUAACGCUAUUUGCAAGAAUUUACCUGGAAGUUACGAGUGCCAAUGCCCGUCUGGGUUUAAUGGGAACCCUUUCUCCCUUUGUGAAGAAUGCAACAGUAUCGAGUGUCAAUGCCAACCUCCGUAUAAAAUCGUUAAUGGAAAAUGUAUGCUGGCCGGAUGUUCCAAGGGAGAAAAAUGUCCCAGUGGUGCAGAAUGUAUCACCAUUGCUGGAGGAGUCAGUUACUGUGCUUGUCCCAAGGGAUACACUACUAAGGCUGACGGUUCUUGCGAAGAUAUAAACGAGUGCAUCGUUGGACAUCAAGUAUGUGGCUACGGAGCAGAAUGCAUAAAUCUUCCAGGAUCCCAUCAAUGCGUCUGUCCGCACGGUUAUGGUGGAGAUCCAUAUAAUGGUCUGUGUUCUCCAGCUCAGAAAAGAUGUACUAGUGACAGCGAGUGUAAAGCUAACGAAAAAUGCGUACAGCCUGGUGAAUGUGUUUGUCCACCACCAUUUUAUACGGAUAUCGAUGGAAACCUUUGCAAAAAUCCUUGUGACCGGUUUCCAUGCGGUAUAAACGCAAAGUGUACACCAAGUGAUCCACCAAGGUGUAUGUGCGAGGCUGGCUACGAAGGAGACCCUCAACAUGGUUGUGUCGACGUGAAUGAGUGUGCUAAUAAUCCUUGUGGACACGGUGCUUACUGUAUUAACACCAAAGGUGAUCAUAUUUGCGAGUGUCCAAAGGGAACGGUGGGAGAUCCGUAUGGUGGUGGUUGUACUGGAGCUGUGGCGAAGAACGAAUGUUCCUCUAACGAUGAUUGUGACAAUAUCUUCGCUUGUGUCAAUGGAAAAUGUGUAAAUCCUUGUGACAAUAUACCUUGUGGACCAAACGCGUACUGUGAGCCUGAUAAACACGCUCCAUGGUGUAGAUGUGUGAUUGGAUUCGUGGAGGGCAAAAACAACGAAUGUGUUUCACAGUGCGAUGGUUUCGUUUGUGGCUCUGGAGCACAGUGUAUCGUGAGUUACAGUGGACCAACGUGCAAAUGUAUCGAAGGUUUCAUGGGUAAUCCGUUCCCGGGUGGUCAAUGUCAACCAGAUAUUUGUUCUCCGGAAGUGCCUUGCGCAGAACCAAGCGUGUGUGUAAGUGGAAGGUGCAAACGUCGAUGUGAAGGUGUAGUCUGUGGUGUUGGUGCAUCUUGCGAUCCAACGACGAAUAAAUGCAUGUGCAAUCCAUAUUUCAUUGGAAAUCCGGAUCUGCUUUGUAUGCCACCAAUUCAUCCAGCUGUCUGUGAUCCUCCUUGUGGCUCCAAUGCUCACUGUGAAUAUUCGUUGCGAGAUGAAAAUAAGUGCGUGUGCAAUCCUGGAACUAUAGGAAAUCCAUACCAUGGCUGUGGUGUGCAACAAAAGUCUGAUUGCUCAACUGCUUUGUGCGGCAAGGAUGCACAUUGUAAUGCUGGACCGAAUGCUGUUGAAUGCUUGUGUCCUCCAGGAUACGCUGGAAAUCCGUAUAUUCAGUGUCAUGACAUCAACGAAUGCAAUGGAAACGCUUGCGGAAACAACGCAGUGUGCAUCAAUACAAUCGGCAGUUAUGACUGUCGCUGCAAAGAUAGCUAUUUCGGCAAUCCUUUCAUCGGUUGCCAACAAGUCCAAGUUGGUCCAUGCACCGAUCCAUCAGCCUGCAGCUGCAGUGAUUCAGUUCUCUGUCCAUUCGAUUACACUUGCAUAUCUGGCAAAUGCAUAAACCGUUGCAGUGACGUGAAAUGUGGUCCCAAAUCAAUUUGCCAGGAUGGAGCUUGCUUGUGUCCACCUGGUUAUAGCGGUAAUCCCAACGAUCUGACCAAAGGUUGCCAUCUUCACGGCCACUGCUCCAACGAUUUGGACUGCGAACCUCAACAGAUCUGUUUUCAAGUUGGAAAAGGCGUCAGAAAGUGCGUGGACGCGUGCAGCAAGUUACAGUGUGGUCCAAACGCGUUAUGCGUCACCCAGAAUCACGCGUCUUCGUGUCUCUGCAUCGAUGGAUACGAGGGAAAUCCAAGCAAUCUCAUAGAAGGCUGUCAACCACUUAAAUCAGCGAUAACACCAGGAUGCAAACAUGACUCAGAUUGUGCCGAAGGUUCCUUCUGUAUCCUUCUAGAUGGUGGUUUCCGCGAGUGUGUGAACCCAUGCACCAAAGUAGUCUGCGGUGCUCAUCAAAAAUGCGAGCCUGAUAUAAUCCCUGGUCAUGCAACGUGCAAGUGUCAGGAUAGCUACGAAUGGAAUCCAAUACUAUCAUCCUGUGAGAAACCAUCUGUCCCUGAUUGUAUAUCCGAUGACGAUUGUCACACCACAGAAGCGUGCAGACCAGAUGCACUUGGUGUAUUAAAAUGUAUCUCCGUGUGUAAAAGCUUUACUUGUGCAAUUAAUUCUCAGUGCGUGGCCGAGAGACAUCGAGGUCGUUGCGAAUGUUUGUCUGGUUUUGUUGGUAAUCCAAACGAUCGUCAGGGAUGUCAGGCACCUAGAAAGGAUCGGUGUUCCACUGACAGUGAAUGCUCGGAAGAUCAGACUUGUAGAAGCACGAAAGAAGGUCUUCUGACUUGUCAACCAGUCUGUAAUUUUGUUUCGUGCGGUCCGAACGCUUUGUGCGUGGUGCAUAAUCAUGUAGCCAAUUGCGAAUGUCCGCCUGGCCUUUACGCUGGCGAUCCUAACGACGUUGUAAAAGGAUGUAAAGCUGUUCCAUGCGUGUUUAAUAUCGACUGUCCACCUACUCAGCUUUGCAACAGAUUGACGAACACUUGCUACGAUGCUUGCGAUGAAGAUGCUUGCGGCGUGAACGCUGUUUGCAUCGCGGAUGAUCAUAAGGCAAUUUGUCAGUGUCCACCAGGAUUGAAGCCUAAUCCUGUUCCUGAUGUUGAGUGCGUUGCUCUUGAAGCUUGUUACCCGAAUCCUUGUCAUGAAACAGCUCUGUGUGUUCCUGGACCGUCUAAUAAUCCUGUUUGUCAGUGUCCAUCGAAUUUUGUUGGAGAUCCUUACGCGAAAGGUUGUCAACCGGAGGGUUAUUGCGCCACUGCCAAGGAUUGUCCUGUGCAUUCUAUUUGUCACAAUCAUCGAUGCGUGAAUCCUUGUGAAAACGCCUGUGGACCGAAUUCGAUUUGUGAUAUUAUCAAUGGACAACCCACUUGCAAGUGUAUUCAUAAGUUCAUUCCAUCUUCGAAGGGCUCGCAGGAUGGCUGUGUCCGCGCUACGAAUUAUUGCAAUGUGGAUGCUGAUUGCGUGGAAAGUGUCUGUCUUGAAGGACAGUGUAUAGCUGUUUGUCGAGCGACUACUGAUUGCUCUGCCGGAGAGAAAUGCGUGAAUAGUAAGUGUAUGAUACCUUGUGUUACUCAUACACAGUGUCAGACUGAUCAGGCUUGUGUCAAUGGAAUAUGCAUUCUUGGAUGUCGGAGCAACAAGAACUGUCCUUUGACGGAGUCCUGCAUUAAUAACAAGUGUCAAGACCCGUGCAAGAGGAAGGACGUUUGUGGUCCAAACGCGAUCUGUAGCUGCACAAAUCACGCCACAACGUGCAGCUGUCCUCUUGGAUUCCACGGGAACCCUACACCCCAACAAGGUUGCGUCAGAGUACCAAGUAUCUGUGAAGGUCCUCAAGAGUGCCCUAGCCAACAUCUCUGUGUCUCUGGAUUCUGCCAAUGUCAAUGCAGCGAACAGAACAACUGUGCCGAAGGAGAACGUUGUAAGAAUGGAAUAUGCGUGAAAGUGUGUUACAGCGACAGCAAUUGUUUGCCAGGUGAAUUGUGCAUCGAUGGGGCUUGCGAAGUAGGCUGCACCUCUGACGUCGGUUGCAAUGAUAACGAGGUGUGCAUCAAUAAUAAAUGCAAAUGCAGCCAUGGGUUCAUCGCCGGACCGGAGCAUUGUUUAGACAUCAACGAAUGCGACGAUCAACCGUGUCACUCGAGUGCAGAGUGCGUUAAUCUUCAUGGAUCUUAUCGCUGUGUUUGUCCGCAAGGCACAGCUGGCGAUCCUGUGGGAUCAGGUUGUGUGAUUCCUCAUCAGUGUACCGUAAACGCAGAUUGUGCCGAUUCACAGGCUUGCGUUCAACAUAAUUGCACCGACCCUUGCUCUCUGGUCGACUGUGGGCUCAACACUAUUUGCUCUGUUUUGGAUCACACGGCUGCGUGCCAAUGUCAGCCUGGUUACAUCGGAGACGCUUCAGGAUGCUUCAGAGUGGAAUGUUUAUCUAACAAUGAUUGCCCUAUAGACAAAUAUUGCAAUCAAGAUAUCAAUAAAUGUAGCAGUCCUUGUAAUCAAGUGGAUUGUGGCUAUGGCAACUGUAUAGCAUCCGAUCAUUCUGGAAUAUGCAAAUGUUAUUCUGGCUUCGAGCUAGUAGGUGACAUUUGCGUAGACAUUGACGAAUGCUUAAAGAAUCCUUGUCACUCUUCUGCACUUUGUCAAAAUACGGAAAGUUCGUUCGCUUGCGUCUGCCCUCAUGGUUUGGUUGGAGAUCCUUUCAAAUCCGGUUGCAAACAACCAGGGGACUGUUUUACGGAUCUCGAUUGUCCAAAUACUGCUGCUUGUAUCGAUAAUAGAUGUACCAAUCCUUGCGACGUAUCAUCGGGUGAAAUUUCAUGCGGAAGGAAUGCUGAAUGUUUCGUUCACGACCAUGCUCCACUUUGCAGAUGUCCUGGUCAAACUACUGGCAAUCCAGCAACGGAAUGUAUUCUCUUAGAGUGCAAUUAUCACAGUGAUUGUAGUCCUUCCGACGCGUGUUUCAAUCACAAGUGCGUCGAUCCUUGUUCUCUUUCGAACGUAUGUGGACAUGGAGCAGAUUGCUCUCCUUUAAAUCACAGUGCAGUGUGCACAUGUCAACCUGGUGGCACAGGUGAUCCAAAUUUGGGUUGUACGCCUGUUCAAUAUUGUAAAUCGGACUCCCAGUGUGCUACUGGUUCAGCUUGCAAUGGAGGAAUAUGUACUGCACUUUGUGGAAGCACGAGAGACUGUAUUGGUGACCAGCUUUGCAUCAAUGGACUCUGUCAGCCCACUUGUAAAAGCAAUUCCAGUUGUCCUGAAUAUCAAUACUGUCACAACAAUAUCUGUGUUCAAGAACUAUGUUGUACAUCCGACGACGAUUGUUCUUACGAUGAAAAAUGUAUCAAGAAUAAUAUUGGCCAAGCAGAAUGUCAUAAAACUUGUGACUUGGUCCUCUGUGGACGCAACGCUGAAUGUAAAGCAGAUGAUCACGCUGCAGUUUGUUUUUGCAAGUCUGGAUUCUUUGGUAAUGCAAAGGAUGAUAAGAUCGGUUGUCAACCUAUUGAGUGUGAAGUCAAUGACGAUUGCAGUGCGGAGAAGAUUUGCGACGCACACAAAUGCAGAAUUGCUUGUUUAGCUCACAAUCCUUGCGGUGUUAAUGCUAUUUGCACAGCGGAGAGACAUGUUCAGGUUUGCACAUGUCAACCAGGUUACACUGGAGAACCUACACAUGGGUGUCAAUUAAUAGAUUAUUGUCUGAACGAACCUUGCGCUCCUGGUGCUGUGUGUGAAAACUCCAGAGGAUCUUAUAAGUGUUACUGUCAACAUGGAAUGGUUGGAGAUCCUUAUAACAGCGGCUGUCAACCACCAGUAGAAUGUUUGCAAGAUGGAGAUUGUCCACUGUCUGCCAAGUGUAUAAAUAUCAACAAUGUACCUAAAUGUUUCGAUGUUUGUUCACGCACACAGUGUGGUCCAAACGCCGACUGUGUGGCCACUAAUCACGCAGCAGCCUGCCAGUGUCGGCCCGAUUAUGAGGGUGAUUCGAACAAUCUAAGUAUAGGUUGUCGACCUAAACCGGUUAUUUGUUCGUCAGGUAUAGAUUGCUCGCCCAAUACUUAUUGUUACGAGGGAAUCUGUCGACCGUCCUGUCAAUCGGACGAAGAAUGCAACUUAUCAGACGUGUGCCUCAACGGACAAUGCUUGGACCCAUGCAAUGUGAGAGCUGCGUGUGGAAUAAAUGCGGAAUGCGACGUGAGGAGUCACAUUAAACAAUGCAGUUGUCCACCUGGGUUCACUGUGCCCGUGUCCUGCAGAGACACCAAUGAGUGCAACGAUGGUAACACUUGUCGUGACAACGUGUGCCUUCCAGUUUGCUCUACCGACAACGAGUGCGCCUUCAAUGAAAAAUGCGUUCGUGGAAACUGCCUUCUUACCUGUAGACUCGAUAACGACUGUUUCUUGGGUCACAUCUGUCUAAACAACAUGUGCACGUUUGGUUGUCGUGCGGACGAAGAUUGCAACGCAAACGAAGCUUGUAUCACGAACAAGUGCACCAAUCCUUGCGAAGCCACUCCUUGUGGACCAAAUGCCAAGUGUACAGUAUUCAAUCAACGAGCCACUUGUUCGUGUCCAUCAGGCUUCAUACCGAAUCCAACUGCGAAAGUAGCUUGUUUGAGAUCGCCUGGACCUAUUUGUCAAGCAAAUAGAGACUGUGCAACAGGAACAGCUUGCAUAGGAGGAGUCUGUACUCCUGUAUGUUCUACAGACUUGAAUUGUUUGAGCAAUGAACGAUGCGAUCCUUCAGGAAUUUGUAAAUCGUUGUGUAGAAGAGACGAGGAUUGUAGAAGCGGAGAGAUUUGUGAGGGAUUGGUUUGUGUCAUUGGAUGUCGCGCUGAUGUGGAGUGCCAGGAGAAUUUCGCUUGUUUGAACAAUCAAUGUCAAGAUCCUUGCUCUCUUCCUGAUGUCUGUGGAGUAAAUGCCAAGUGCGCGGUCGUAAAUCAUCAGAAAUCAUGUUCUUGUCCUAUACCAUUAGUCGGUGAUCCUCUAAUUGGUUGCAAACAGGCUUUCCUACCUUGUAAUAAUGAACAGGAAUGUGCAACUGGUCAGACUUGUUACGGAAGAUCCUGUUACGCUACGUGUAGAAGCGAUGCUAAUUGCUUGAGCGACGAACGGUGCGAUGGUGGAAUCUGUAAGGCUAUUUGCAAUAGCGACGAUCACUGCGUGGCUAAUCAGAUUUGUCAAAAUAGGCUCUGUGAUAUUGGAUGUCGAAGCGAUAACAGUUGUCCUAACGAUGAGUCCUGUGUGAAUAAUAAGUGUAGAAAUCCUUGUGAGGGUGGCAAAGCUUGCGGAGAAUGUGCAGGAUGUCGCGUGGUAAAUCACGUAGCCCAAUGUAGUUGCCCAGCUAAUUAUUAUGGAAAUGCUUUGAUUAGCUGUGCGAAAUCUAUGAUUCCCUGUGAUGGCACUUGUGAAUGCGAUGAAAUUGGUUUUUGCACGAAGAGCUGCUACAGUCAGGAUCAAUGUUCUUGUGGGGAAAUUUGUCACACCGGAAAAUGUCGCAUCAAAUGUGAUGUUAACAACUAUUGUCCAAAGGGAUACGUUUGCGAUGAAGAACUAUGUUUCAUCGGUUGUCGCACUCAUUCCGACUGUCCAGCUUCAUUGUCCUGUGUCAGUGGUCAGUGCGAGGAUCCUUGCUCAACCAAUGGGUCUCCCUGUGGUGUCAAUGCUUUGUGUCGUGUUUCAAACCAUAGAGCAGUAUGCUUGUGUCCAGAAGGAUACCAAGGAGAACCCAGUCAAGAAUGUUAUCAACUGGAGUGUCAUCAUGAUGACGACUGUGAGACUAACAAACGCUGCAGCGAGGAUGGUGUCUGCACGAAUCCUUGCUUGCAACAUGGUGUCUGUGGCUUCAAUGCACAGUGUAGAGUAGUUAAUAGAAAGGCUCAGUGCUCUUGUCCACCUGGACAUUAUGGAAAUCCUAAGAUCAAUUGUAAGAAAGGUGGAGAUGAAUGCUUAAGAAGACCAUGCGGCGUGAAUGCAAAAUGCAGAGAAACUCUCAAUGGAUUCGAGUGCACUUGCGAUCCUGGAUGCUAUGGCGAUCCUCAUCAGGCUUGUAUUUGUGAUGGUGGAGAACUGUGUAAGGAUGUACGCUGCGGAGUGAAUGCUGCGUGCAGGAUUUACAAGAAUCAACCACAGUGUUAUUGUCCAUCGAAUUAUCCAUCUGGAGAUCCAACGCAGACUUGCAUCGCGGACAAGACUUUAGGGGAUUGUCGAACGAAUGGUUGCGGCAAGGGUGCCGAAUGUAUACGAGACGGAGCGAUAUUCGUGUGCAGGUGUCCACCAGGUACCAGUGGAUCGCCGGACAUCGAGUGCACGACAGGUAAGAGACGGCCUACUAACUGUUUAACCAGGCAGAUCGAUUAAUUUUCCAUGUACAGCAUUUUGUGACUAGCGAGCAAUACUGACGAAACAGAGGAACAUGGUCGGUAGAAUAACCAUGUAUUAUCGUCUGUAGUAGGACUUGAAGUAAUACCAUUAGAAUGUAUUAAUCCAGUGAAUCGUUUAACAAUC